CCCAGUUUUCUUAAAUUUUGGUUUAUUUACUAAAGAUCUUCGGUUUUGGGUGCAACGGAGCUAAUUUUACUUUGCAAUUAGAACUUAGGUUACAUUUAUUCUGAUGACAACUGAGAAAGAUUGGUGGGUUCAAGAAUAUGCACAAGACAUCCACAAGCACCUUCGAUCUAAAGAAAAGAAGAGGUUUUUAUUUAGAGGAAAGUCACCUCAGUUGCACAUGAGGAAAUGUUUAGUGGAGUGGUUAGAGCUGAUCUGUGAUAAAUUAGAGUUUUGUACUCCUGUCCUUCAUCUGGCCUUGUAUUUGUUAGAUAUUUUCAUGGACAACCAUACAAUUCAUUAUGAUCAUUUACAAAUGGUGGCACUAGGUUGUUUAACUGUUGCUGUGAAACUUGAAGAAAACGAUGCCUUAAUACCAAAGAACAGUGAUCUCAAUGCACUUGUCGGAAACAAAUAUAAAUUAAUAGAAUUUGUGCAGAUGGAAGUUUCUAUUUUGACUUUCUUCAAUUGGGAUAUUUUGUUCCCCACUGCAGCUCAUUUUGUUGAUUAUUAUAUAAUGUAUGCUGUUAGCCCUUUUGAUGCCAGCAAUGAUGAUGGAAAUUGGUCUAAUUUGAAGCGAAUGGAGGUGGUUAUGAAGAAAUAUGUUCGCUACUUUUUAGAAGUUUCCAUACAAGAUGUUAUUUUCUUGCAAUUCCCACCAUCUAAAGUUGCAGCAUCCUGUCUUGCAGCAACUAGAGGAUGUUUGGCAGUAUCAGUGCCUUGGCCUGGACAUUUGGAACGCUUAACUGGUUGGUCAUACGAUCAGUUAAAACCUUGUGUGGAUCUGAUGCACAGGAAUCUUUAUGUGGAUUGGGUUGCUAAUAAAGGAGAUUCUCACCAAACUCCGAAAACUCCUAGUGUAAUGAAGUGCACAGAAAAAGGGGAUGAUGCUUUGAAUGGAAAUUCUGAUUGCAGCUUAAAAUAAUACUUACAUCGAACAUCUCUAGUAAAAAUAGUUGAUACUGUGAUAAUAAACGUUUUUAUGUGUUCAUUUUGCUUUACAAAGAUACUCCUUUUUAAUAGAUAUAUUUUCAUUUACAUUUUUCAAAGAUAUUUUUGUAUCAUUUUGUGUUGUAUCAUUGUGCCAAAUAGGACAUCCAGGUCUGAUAAACCAAAGUAAACAGUUGCUUUGCUGUAACUUUUUAUUUAAAUAAAGUUCCU